AUGGUCCUCAUCAUGUCAGAAGAAGCCACACACAACAAAACUGAGACAAUUAAGGAGAAAGCAACCACUCUACAGCGCACUGACCUAAAAGAAAGUGGUUGUGUCGUGGCAAUGGAUGGUGCAUUUCAGUUGGGCAAUGGUAAAGGUGGCAUUGGCGUUAUUGAGAGAAAUGAGGUGGGUGCGGUAAAGGCUGCUUGGUCCAGGUAUAUUCCCAAUUUGGGCUCUGCCCUUCAUGCCGAGGCUGAAGCUUGUAGAGCCGGGUUACUCUUGGCCAUUCAUCAGAGUUGGAUGGAGGUGGACAUGGAGAGUGAUUCUUCUAUAUUGGUGGCUGCUCUAAACCAAUCAAGUGACAAUAACUCAGAGUUCUGGGUUCUGCACUUCUGCAGUUCACUCGACUUAAAUCUGUUUCUGCUGUGCAAAUGUGCAAUUGUUGUGGGUUUAAUUGAUUAUUUGAUUUCAAUACUUAAACAGCAUACAGCAUUCAUCGUUGAUGGGUUUAAGGCUUGGAAGAGGGUUUGUGGUGGUGAUAAUGUGUUGACGAAGCAUUCAAAAUCUAGUAAGGAUAUAGAGGACAAUCGAUUGAGGCUUAAGGCUUCAAUAGAAAGUGUAAGAUUGCUAGCUAAUCAAGGAGCUGCUUUUAGAGGCCAUGAUGAAACUGAAAACUCAUUGAAUGAGGGAUAUUUUAGAGAAGUCAUCAAAUCUUUUUCAAGAAUGAGUAUUGAGGUUGAGAGAGUUGUUUUGGGAAAUGCUCCCGGAAAUGCCAAGUACAUUAGUCCAUCAAUUCAAAAGCAACUUCUAAAUAUUCUUGGUAAUAAAGUGAGGAACAAGAUACGUGAAGAAGUUGGAGAUUCCAAAUAUUGUAUUCUUGUUGAUGAAGCAGUAGAUAUAUCUAGUAAGGAACAAAUUACCAUUAUUUUGAGGUUUGUUGAUUGUCAAGAUGAGAUUUCUAAAGUACUUACUAUGUACAAUCUUCAAGUGAGAAAUAUGCGUGGUCAAGGAUAUGAUGGUGCUAGCAAUAUGAGAGGUAUUUAUAAUGGGUUACAAGCAUUGUUUCUUGAAGAGUGUCCUUAUGCUUAUUAUGUGCAUUGUUUUGCUCACCGCUUGCAAUUGUCAUUGAAUGCUACAACUAAAGGGGUGCCAGAGAUUUGGCCAUUUUUUUCAACUUUAAGUUUAAUUGUGAAUUUUGUUGAUUCUUCUGCUAAGCGUCAUUCUGUAUUAAAAGCUGUGAGAAAGGAAGAAAUUGCAUAUUUGGUAGCUUGUGGCCAACUUCAAACAGGUACUGGUGCUAAUCAAGUUUGUACUUUGCAACGAGCUGCUGCUACACGUUGGAGCUCACAUUUUCGUUCAAUCAAGAGUUUGAUUGAAUUGUUUAGUUCAACAAAAAAAACUCUUAAUUAUAUGAUUGAGCAAGGACCCUUGGAAUUGCAAGGAGAAGUUGUGGCUGUUCUUAAAGCUAUGAGGUCUUUUGAUCUUGUGUUCUGCUUGCUUCUAAUGCACAAAUUGAUGAAAAUUACUAAAGUUCUUUGUCAGACAUUGCAGCGAAAAUCUCUUGACUUCGUACAUGCUAUGAAGUUUGUUGGACAUACAAAAUCAUUUCUUCAAGAGAUUAGAGAAGAAGGCUGGGAUGACUUGGUAAGAAAUGUUGAAACUUUUUGUGAAAAACAUGAUAUUGAUAUGCCUGAUAUGAAUGCUCGUUAUAAGGAUGGUACAGGUCGUCGUUGCCAACAAAGAGAUUUCAUUACAGUUGAGCAUCAUUACCAUAUAGAUGUCUUCAAUGCUUUAGUUGAUUUUCAGUUGAGUGAGUUGAAUAGAAGAUUCUCAGACCAAACAUCUAAACUUCUUAUACUUAGUUCAACCUUGGAUCCUCGUGAUAACUUCAUUAAUUUUAAAACUGAAGGUGCAUGCAAUCUUGCAAAGAAGUAUUAUCCUGAAGAUUUUGUUGAUAGUGAAAUGUUUGCUCUAGAAUUAGAGUGUGCAUAUUAUGAGAAGGAUAUGCGUAGUGAUCCAAAGUUCCAGAAUUUAGAAUCCAUUUCUGAUUUGUGUAGAAUGUUGGUUCAAACAAAGAAGUCAGAAUUUUUCCCUAUGCUUUAUAAAUUGAUUUGUCUAGUUUUGACUAUUUCUGUUUCUACGGCGACCACUGAAAGGGUAUUUUCAGUUAUGAACAUCAUUAAGAAUAAACUUAGAAACAUGAUGGAGGAUGAGUUUCUUGGUGAUUGUAUGGUCCUUCACAUUGAGAAGGAAUAUGCUGAAUUUAUUGACAAUGAAUCGGUGAUCAAAGAGUUUGAAGCUUGUGGAACUCGUAGAGUUAGAUUUAGUUAG